AUGGCCUACCUUCCUAGGAGCCCAACGCCGCUAAGCUUCCGGUCCAGUCCUUCGGGGUUCCCCGAGUCAAUUUGUGGCAACCGGAACACAUCACGACGGCAUCCCGAGGCCCGGGUCGGCCCCGACGCCUGCAUUACCCAAGAAGACGUUGACCCGGGUCUGGCCCUCUUGAGAUACCGCAAGUCGAUCCAAGCUCAAUGGGAGCGGGAAGGCCCUUCGUCUAGUGCAGCGCACGAUCGCCAGCUCAGUACCUCAUCCACAGAAGGGGCCCUUGCUGCCUCAUGCCGGGGUGCCGCCAUAUCCGGGUUUCGGUCGUCCAAGGACACCUAUAGCACCGCUUCGUCUGACGGUGAUAGGCGCGAAGAGGGCCGGAAUUCGCGGCGUGGCCGGCACAGGAGGAACAGCUUUCCGGCACAAACGCCACCAUCGACGUACGAGGACGUCGCGGGAAAGAUGCAAGAUUUUGAUUUAUGA